AUGGCGGAAUGUGCUGUGACGGUAGGCGACGGCGACUUUUACGAUACGCUGGACCAUGUGCGCAACAUUCGCCGAAAGGAACUCUGGAUCGUCGGCUACCGCGCGUCGGUCGUCGCCGAUAUUCAACAGUUUGCAUCCAAGGUGGUGUGGAUGGAAGACCUCUUGCCUCAGUCCACUGACGAGAACAAAACCAGCAACACGACAACGACGACGGCAACCGAACCCGCUCAAACCUCGGCCCCCACGGGGCCACAACACCCUCUCCGCGUCGUGGCUCCGCCCCAAAGUAGACCACCCGCACCUCUCUCCCUACCUGCCGUCCAGCAGGGACGACCGGCUCCACCUUCCUCAAACGCUGCCCUCCGGCCCUCCCCGGCGGUGAACGAAGCACCUCGCGCUGCCUCGUCCGCUAGCCCUGGCCUCCUCGACACCCCUCGAUACUCGACCUCGACGGGCCUCCUCGAGACACCCCGGGUGUCCUCAUCUGCGUCGCCUUCCGGUCUCUUGGAUACGCCCCGGCAGAUUACAGCAACAACGAGUUUGUUGCCACCCACCCCCCGGUCCUCGUCCUCUGACGCUGCCCCCUCGUCGCGGCAGUCCUUGCUCGCCGGCCCGCUCGAGUCUCCGCGGCACAACUCGCCGGCAGCUCUGCUCGAGACACCUCGCCACGUGCCGUCGUCGCGUCCGCCCAAAUUGCCCGCCAACGCGCCGGCCAACCCUCGCCGCGCGUACGUCGGUCGCCUCGACCUCAACGUGACCGAUCGCAUUCUCCGCGACCUCUUCAAGUCGAGCGGGCGCAUCCUCUCGAUUCGGAUUCACGAAGGCUUUGCCUUUGUCUCUUUUGGGUCGCCGGCCGAAGUGUACCGCGCGUGUGAGCUCAACAACACGCUCGUCGGCGGCCGGCGCAUCGUCGUGCAGCCGGAGAAGGCGCGCGUCACCGACGUCGCACCCAACUUGAAGCGCAAGCAACCGGAUGUGGUCGACGCGCCACGCAAGCGCCAGCAGCGUUCCCGCCGCGUCUACGUCGGCGGCCUCGCGGCCGCGGCCAGCCAGAACGACCUCCGCUCGCUCUUCCUGCGCUUUGGCACGAUCGAAAGCAUUGAGCUCGACGCAGGGCGUCGACACGCCUUCAUCACGUACCAGGACGCCGAGAGCGUCACGGCGGCCUUGGCGCUCAACGGUACCAAUCUGCGCCAGCAGCCGCUGCGCGUUCAAAUCGGGCGGUCGCCCAACGAGCCCCGAGUUGACGAGAGCCCGCCUGUCCGGACCGUCUCGGUGCACCCGACGUCGGACGCGCCCACCGACCAAGCCCACGCACGCACCGUCAUCACGCUGAAGAACGACGCCGUCCAGUCCUACGACGUCUGAGCUGCCUCUCCACUAAUACGCCCCUCGCCAAAGUAUCGACAAAUACCUCGAUCGGACG